AAGAAUCCGCUAGAUCUAUCAAAGCAACACAAGAUCUGGACACAAUGAGAAGGCAAAGAAUCCGCUAGAUCUAUCAACGCAACACAAGAUCUAUACACAAUGAGAAGGCAAAGAAUCCGCUAGAUCUAUCAACGCAACACAAGAUCUGGACACAAUGAGAAGGCAAAGAAUCCGCUAGAUCUAUCAACGCAACACAAGAUCUGGACACAAUUAGAAGGCAAAGAAUCCGCUAGAUCUAUCAAAGCAACACAAGAUCUAUACACAAUGAGAAGGAAUCAAAAUAAUGUCGGAGUAAAUGUCAAGUUCUAGGGUGACAGAUUGUUCAAACUAAAACAUUCGCAAAGCGACUGGACCAGUGAAGCAAUUCAAUAAUCCUGCUCCGUGGAGACGUAUUCUUACAAUAGCUUCAAGUGUCUGUAGCUUCCAAAUAGUUCCAUGGGCAGAAAUGAAUUCACAUCUUUCUAGCCGCUCGAUUAAUUCAAGCCAGAAUGAUAAAAGCUCAUUUCAUAGUAAAAGUCGUUCGAACUCUUCUUCACAAGAGAUAGAUUAGUGUACAUGAAUUCAAGCAUUCUGAAUGCACAUGGAAAUGAGUCUGCAGAUUUGACUGAAAGUAACAGUCAUGGGAGGUCACUCGUGGAGAUUGUGUUGUGGUCAAUACUGCUGGCCAUUCUUAUGCUCCUAUCCUCUGUGGGCAACAUUCUGGUCAUCGUGUGCGUCAGAAUGAGCCAUAAACUUCAGGAAGACAGAGGCAACAUCUUUCUGGUUAACCUGAGCGUGGCAGACCUGUUGACGGCGGUCAUAGUGAUGUCAGGCUCCUUGAUAUCUCUGGUUGAAGAUAAGUGGGUCCUGGGAGGGGCCUGGUGUGACAUCGUCUGCGCAGCCAACUACACUCUCAUCAUCGUCUCUAUGCUGACCCUUUGCUUCAUCUCCCUUGACCGCUACAUAGCCGUGGUCCACGCCUUACACUACCACAGCAAGGUAACCAAUGCCCGCAUCUACUUGUUGAUAACGUACGCCUGGUGCCAGGGCGUCUGCUUCGGAGCGCCGCCAAUCUUCGCCCGAUGGAUUGAGUAUGAUUACUGGGAGGUCAUCUGCGCCAUAGAGUGGCAAAAGAACAAUCUGAAGACUCUAACUUACGUCAUUGUAGCUUUCAUUUUGUGUUUCCUGAGUCCUGGAGUAAUCAUGGCAGUAGCUUACACCAAGGUGAUGAAAGUAGCCAAGUCCCACAACUCUGUUCACCCGAUCGGUGUCUUUGACAACGUCAACAAAGCCGUGCAGUGUGCAGCCAACCAAAACUCAAAGUCACAAGUCACAAGAAACAUGGUAGAGAUGUCUGAGUACUCCUCGUCUACUAGCCAUGAGUUCAGGAUCUCGAGGAGGCAAACUCAAACUCCGUUGGCUGACAAGGAUAAGGACUCCAAUUCUAAACGAUUGGUACGCUAUAUCUUACAAACCAACUCCAAAAACAUGUCUAAGGAUUGGGCCAAACAAAAACAUGAUCAAAAACAAUCGGAACAAUCAACUAUUGCUAAUAAUAUCUACAGCAAGACUCUCACUUUUUCAUUAGCAGCAGCAGGCGACAAACUUGUUGAUCACUCGUGCAGCGACAUUGUCCUGUGUGAUUCCAAAAAGACGGCUGAAUCAACACAGCCAGUCGGAGAUGUCAAGCUACCUUCCUUCACUGAGCAUGGAGCUGUGUGUGACCAUCACAAGUCCUUAUCCAUAGACAGCACAACUUAUAGCGACGAAUCGCAGCUCGUCUCAGGUCUCAAUUCCCUUGUUGACAACAGAACGCAUGGGGACGAACAUUUGAUAGCGGACUUAUCCCAAAAACGUCGCCGAAAAAAAAAUUACGGUGUCAGCAGCAAGGCCGUGAGAUCUCUUCUGAUAGUUGUGUUAGCAUUCUUCAUCUGCAUGGCGCCAUUUAGCUGUACGAAACUUUACAAGGUUAUCGUGCCCAGGAAAGACGCCUUGCCUGGCUAUGUGAACCUAGUAGCAAGUAUAUUUCAGUUCUGUUCGUCUGCUGUCAAUCCACUGAUUUAUGGCAUCUUCCGUAAAGACUUUCGAGCAGCAUUUUUGAGUCUGCUAAAGAAACUUUUUGCUAAAGUUUAAUGGCAUGUUAGUCCAGCAUCAUUUAAACUUUUUUGUUUAAUAAUGGGAAAAAGAAUAUAUUCACUAAAAACUUAUUUUGUUACAAGAAUAAAGUACCUGUACCGGUAUGUAAAUAAAAGAGAACCUUAUCAACUUUUGUAAAUCUCAAAUGUUUAUACAAUCCGUUAAGCUACAAAUCAUGUUUGAUGAUUGUGAUGGACCCUAAGCCAAUGUAAGAAUCUAGAGUCAAGCCACCAUGUUAAUUAUCAGCAAUUUUUGUUGUCCAAUGUCUGUCAGAUCAAUAUUGAAUUAAAAGAGAAUUAAGAUUGCUAUCAAUGCAAUCAUAGACAAGAAAAUCUCAAGUGACAAGACAUUAUUCUUAAACAGAUUUGGAAAUGAUGAUAGUCUUCACAAACAGAAACAAAGACAUUGUGAAAAUAAUUACUUUCAACUCUUUCAAUCAGCAAUCAUGUUUCAAAAAUAUUUGGCAAGUCUAAAUAUUGCACCGAAUAUACAUAGAUCUAGAAGUAUAUUAGAAUAUAUGGCCUGGGAUUACAGGUAUUCUGAGAACAUGAGAAAUACUAAAAAAAUGUUAUCUAAAAGAUGACAACACUUUUGAUUAAAAAAAAAAAAUGACUUGUAUAUUUAGAAAAAAAAAAAACAAAAUCCAAGAACAAA